UUUCUUUCCCUUGUUACUCCAACUUUCCCAAUAUCAACAUCUUGUUCAUCCUCAUCUUCAUCAUCCUCAUCAUAAUCAUCAUUUGUAAGUGUUUACUUCAACUCAUCAACUGAUUAGAUUUUGUGAAAACCGCAAACAAAAAGAUUAAAAAUUGUCUUUUCCCUCAUUUUCUUGCUUUUGAUUUUCCCUCUUCUUUGUCUUUUUUUUCUCACCUUAUGAUCCAUUUUGUACCCUUGUGUCACCAACGUUUGGCUCUUUUCUCCACGCUUUACAUUAAACCGGUUUUUUGGUUCAUCAACAGUUGAAAACAAUUUAAUUUAAUUGUCCUUUCCAUUCCAUUUUUACGAUUAUUAUUAUUAAUCCCUCAUGGAGUCAGUUUCUAUGUAAUCAUUGAUUUGUGAGUUUAAUGUGAAUCAACAAUCUUUGGAAACAUAUUUUUCAUUUCAAACUCUUCUGUGAUUUAACGGUUUUUUGUCUUUACUGUUUGUUGGACUCCAUUACUUUUUACAUUCAUCAUUAUCAUCGUUUCAUCGAUCUUUCAUAUUAUUCGUCUUCUAUCGGUUCACCAUGCAAGGUUUACUUUUUCACCGACGUAUUAAUCAUCAUCGUCAUGCAAAAAUAUCUCUAUUCAAUGUUUGCUGUUUCUAUUCAUAAGUAAUAAGGCUUACUCUUUGAAAUCCUGAGUCUUUUUACACCUUUUAAUACUCAAAUCUUGGAAACAUAAGAGAAGGAAAAAAGGUUACGGUGAAAAGGAGAUUCUAAGGAAAGCAGUUUUUCAUUUGCAUUUUAGAAAUGGAAAUGUUUAAUAAAAAACAAAUACAAUUCAAAGUGAUUCAACACAAAAACACAAUUUAGGCCAACAAAACUGAAAAAGGAUUAGUUUACAACUGAGCCCAAUGACUAAGUUGUUUUCCUUCAUUCUGGGCCUUGGUUUAACCAAAUGAUCGUCUGUAAACUUGUGAUUAUUCCCAUCAUAAACUGACUUCAUCCGACUAACCAAUAUGAUCAAUUUAGGUGUUGAUGUUAACAGUGUAUAUUUUGGUGCUCAAUUUAUAUCCCAAUAUUAAUUCCUGGCUUCAUCUGAUUUAUUAAUCGGAUUACAUUGGAAAAUAAUGUAAAUCCUUGUCGCCAUCUUUCUUUUUUGCUUCUUGAUCUCCAAGUGAUGAGCUUUCCAGUAGAUUAUCAUCAACACAAAAGUGAUUUUGUAAAGUUUUCUUCCUACUUUACAUUCCUUCACAUUCCAUCGAUAUUUUGUCUUGUACAUUCCUCGAUUAGUUUACAGUUUCGUUCUUUCAAUUGUGAACUGGCUGAAUGUGAUUAAAUCUGUAAACUCGAUGGUUCAAAUUGUUGGUUAUGUCUGGUCAAGUUAACAUCGGACAUCCAUUAUCGUCCAAACCGAGUGAUUUAACAAGUUUGCUUGCUAUUACUGCAUCAUUGGAGAAACCUUUUUCACCGUCAUUUCAGCUUAUUAGUGACAAUGAUCAUCAUGAGCAUAAUUUACAGGAAAUCUCAGCAACGAUUACAACACCAAUUUCAGCAGAAGUUCAUUCAACGACUAUAAUCCCAAGCGUAAUUUCAUUAACAACAACCUCAAAUGCAGUUCAAAUUGCAGUUAAUGUUAGCUCCUUAUUCACUUACGAACCAACGAACAAAAGGGCUCAUAUAAAUAGUAAUUAUAACAAAAGUUCAACACAAAUUGCUCCGAUUUUUAUUAGUUCAUCGAAUGAUGGAAGUCCAUUAGUUUCAUUAUUUGAAACCAAUGCAACUCAAGUGGUUACCGAAUGUUGUAAUGUGAAUAAUUUAACUUCAACAUUUAGUGAAGAUGAUGCAAAACCUGGUAUUGGUAGUAAUCUAAGUGUCUUCAAUUUUCAUGAUUUAACUUCAGUUGAACAACUAAUCAACAUUACAAGUGCUAUUGACCAAGGUAGUCUACUUGAGAAUUGGGCUAAUCAAUCAUUGUUAAUCACUAAUUGGACUACAUUAUUCAAUGAUACAAUCAAUUUGUCUUUUAAUUCUACAUUACCUUCAUCAUUAUCUCCGAAAAAUAUAAUCACAGCUAAUUGGACAACUGAACCUGAUUUACGGAUCCAUCACCCAUUUUUAGCACUUUUAUUAGCAAUCAUUUGUCUACUUGUUAUAUUUGGUAAUAUAUUGAUUAUGGUUGCCAUUAGACGUGAACGUUAUUUACACACAGUUACCAAUUUAUUUGUGGCCUCAUUAGCAGUAGCUGAUUGUCUUGUCGGAGCAAUUGUUAUGCCUUCUUCGGUUGUCCAUGAAGUAAUGAAUAAAUGGUGGAUAUUUGGUCAAGAUUGGUGUGAUCUUUGGCAUUCAUUUGAUGUGCUUGCGAGUACAGCAUCAAUCCUCAAUUUGUGUGUAAUAUCACUAGAUCGAUAUUGGGCCAUAACUGAUCCAAUUAGUUAUCCAGCUCGAAUGACUACACGAAAGGCCAAAAUAUUGAUUGCAUUGGUUUGGACUUGUUCAGCUAUAAUAUCAUUUCCAGCGAUUAUCUGGUGGAGAGCCGUUUCAGCACCACCAAGGCCUUUGAGAUGUGAUUUUACCGAAGAUAUUGGAUAUCUUUUAUUCUCGAGUAUAAUCUCAUUCUAUGGUCCAUUAAUUAUAAUGUUGGUCGUUUACUUUAGGAUCUAUCGUGCAGCAAUAAACCAAACAAAAUCGGUUAAAAGUGGCACAAAAUCAAUUGCAGCGUUAGAUGGAAAUGAGAAUAAUGCUGUUGUAUUGAGGAUACAUCGCGGUGGCGGAGGAGGAGGAGGAGGAAAUAAUAUUAAUAUUAAUAAUAGCGGUAUUGUUAACUGUUAUUGUGAUAGUGAGAGUCAUCCCCAUCAUGCUCAUCAUUAUAAUCAAUCUAAUACUCAUUCUCAUCCUGUUAAUCAUUUAAAAUCUCGUUUGGUUGGUGAAGUAUCUUUUGAGGAACCUUCUGAAUUAAUCAAUUCAGAUGAUAACUGCCUUAGUGUCAAAGUAUCUUCCGUUCGACAUCGCAAUAUGAAAGCUUUCUCAUUAAGUCGUAAACUUGCUAAACUAGCAAAGGAAAAGAAAGCAGCCAAAACACUUGGAAUUGUCAUGGGAGUCUUUAUACUUUGCUGGUUACCCUUUUUUAUUGCCAAUCUUGUUAAAGGUUUUUGUGGUGAUGUUUGUUUAAUCAAUCCAGAUUUGGUUUAUCCUUUGGUUACAUGGUUAGGUUGGCUGAAUAGUGGAAUGAAUCCAGUUAUUUAUGCAUGUUGGUCACGAGAUUUUCGUAGAGCUUUCAAAAAAAUAUUAUGCUCCUGGUAUAAGCCUAAAUCCAAUAGAGGAACCAAAAUUUUACAAAGACCUGCUGGUACAAUUCAAUCGACCAGAUAUAUUGUCAAUGAUAAUAGCAAAAACUCUAAGAAUGGCAGUAAUGAUAUUGAUAACAAUGAUAAUGGUAACUAUUCGCCAUCUGAUGUAUUUAAAGCGUACGAGUCAAGAAAAUAUGAAACACAAUUACCAAAGUGCCCACCAGAUUCAAUCGGAAUGAUUAGCUUAACAUCAGCUUCAAAUAGCUCAUUCAAGUCUCAAAAAAGUGAACCUCUCAAUGGAAUUUUUUAUCUAUCAAAAAAGUGAUCCAAUUCAUUAAAACUGUGAGGGAGGAAAAAAGUUCAAGUUGAAAUUGUCAAAGGAACAAUAACGAAAUAAAUUAUCCGUGGAAACAUUUCACAGUUAUAUUGUUGAUAUUCGUUCGUUUCCUGAUUGUCUUGAUGCACACUGAUAAUCAAUUGUUGGAACAAAAGAUAUUUUUCAAUUGCACAUUUGAACAGUCCAUUAAUAAUGGCAACAUUUGCUCUGGUUGCUCUUUUACACCAUAAGAUGAGGUUAAUCGUGAGACGUCUUGAAAAUCAAAUGAACAAAUAUAAAUUGACAAAAAUCGACUCAAGAUUAGGAGCUGUAAAGGAUAAGAUGGGUCUAAAGCAAGGACAAAUUGAUCAUUAACAGGAUCAUCAAUGUUGCAAAAAAAAGUGAUUACCGUAAAUGGGUGUGUAAACAACAUUAAGAAAAAAAAGGAAAGAAACUUGAACCAGAAAAGGCCCAGAAUUUUGUUCAUAUUUUUACCAGAAUUUUUACCAUCAAACCAAGUGAGAGAAAUAAAUUUUCUUGUUAAAUCAUCAACAAACAGUUUAAUAUUGAAAUCUAUAUCAACGCAUUAAAACCAAAUCACAGUAACAAUGAAGAUGGUGGUUAAGCUGAUUGAUGACAUAAAAUAUGAGGAAACUCAGGAACAUCAAUUCUGGCCUUGUUAAUCAAGUUGACAAACCAAAUGACAAGCAUUUUUAAAUUCUUAUUAUUGAUACUUGUAUUGAAUAACUUGAAAAAUUAAUUGUAAAUAAUGUCUACGCAAUAAAGUAUAAAAGUUGUUUAAAA